AUGACUAUGAAAGCGAAGAGGUUACGUAAGCUUGGCAUUGCCAUCAAGUAUUCACCCAUGAAUUCUAUCAAGCGGGCACCCUUCAACACGCUAUCGGAAUUCGGAAACCUAGAAAGGUUUGACAAGACCAUUAUGCGAAUCCAUCCCCUACGCAGGGUUACGCAUGCGCCCCCGGCGCCGCGCCGCCCGCAGUUACUUCGGAACACGUCACUAGAGAACACGCUAACAUAUCUUACCCUGCCGCAGUUGACGCAG